CAAUUAACAAACGAUUCGUGGCUAUAAGACCCCCGUACUCCCCCAUAGACCUCCAAAAAGUAAAACACCCAACCACCCACUCGCCACCGCUCGCUCUCUCACUUGCUCUGUUCUCUCUUUGGGGACCUUAUCUCGAAGCUGAAUGGAACCGAACUGAUAUUUAAGAAUUCACCCCGUUCGCUGUGACUUUCAGUGCUGUGUGAUCAUAAAACGGUGUUAGACGUGCUCCGGCCAAGUAAUCAAGUGCAAAGGGAACCCUGAAAAUCACAAGCGACAGCUAAGGUUCAGUGAUACAGACAAAUGGAUAUUAUUAUUAUAGCAGUGACAAGAACUCAAGUGCUCGAUAAACACAUACCAGGCCAAAGAAAACAGAAACUCACUGAAAUCCAAAGUAUUUAAUAACAAAUUGUGUACCAGUGAAUAAAAGUGAAUAAAUAAAAGCGGCAGCAGUUAGCCCACAAAAUACGUAAUCGAUCGGACACAAUUGAUACAACACUCAGAACAAUGAAAUUAAGACUUUUGCGGUGUUUGCGCCAGCAGCCUUCCAAACCGGCAGCGGUAAUGAGCCAAAAGGAGGAUCAGCUCCAGACAGUUCAUGGCCAUCAUCUGCUCAAGGACAUGCCCAAGGGCGUUCGGGAUACCACCGUCAAGAUUCUGCUCCUUGGUACCGCCGAGUCUGGCAAAACUACCAUCAUCAAACAAAUGCGGAUACUGCACAUCAACGGGUUUACAGACGAUGAGCGGCGAGAGAAGAUCCCCGAAAUAUACCAGAACAUCCACGAAUCCAUCCUGCAACUGGUUGGCCAGAUGGGUCUGCUGGGAAUCAAUUUCGGCAGCUGUACCAGCGAAAGAUCAGCUGACUAUAUCCUCUCCCUGCCCGGUUUGGCGCCCGAGUAUAUGAAUGAGGAAUACUGCGACCACGUCACCACUUUGUGGAACGACGUGGGCAUUCGUGCCUGCUAUGAUCGCUCGAGUGAAUUCCCCCUGCUGGAUAGUGCCAAAUACUUUUUGGACAACUUUGUGCGGAUCAGCGAUGCUGACUACAUUCCCAGCACCGAGGACAUACUGCACAGCCGGAAGAUCACCACUGGCAUCUCACAGAUUACCUUCCGAGUUCCCAUACCUAAGACCAUGGGUGGUGGCGAACAGGAGUUUCGUAUGUACGAUGUUGGUGGCCAAAGGGAUCAGCGGAAUAAGUGGAUCCAAGUGUUUGAGGGGAUUCAGGCAGUAUUGUUUUUGAUCUCGUGCAGCGAAUUUGACCAGAAUCUGCGAGAGGAUCCCAGCCAGAAUCGGUUGCAAGAGGCCUUGAAACUCUUCAGAGCCGUGUGGCAAAAUAGAUUCCUUGCCUCUGCCGGCUUGAUCGUUUUCCUUAACAAAUACGACAUCAUGGAGCGAAAGAUACGAGCCGGCAAGCACAUUGUUGACUAUUUCCCCGAGUAUGACGAUUUCUGCAAGAGACCGCAGCAGGACAAUUGCUUCGACGAGAGCGACUGGACAAAGAUGUUCAUCAAGCAGAAGUUGGUGGACAUCACCCAGGAGCCGUUCAAGCGUCACUCGCGGAAUCAAGUGGAUCUGGGCACCUCGGAAAGAGAAUGCUACUACCAUUUCACCGUCGCCACCGAUACCCGAUGCAUCCGCGAUGUCUUUUGCGAUGUCCAGAAGAUGAUCCUCUCGGAGAAUGUGUCCGGCAUGGGUCUCCUCUAGUUCUGAUCUGGAAACAAAUCAGAUAGCUUCUCAAUAAAAAUAAGGAAGGGCACUCCUCGGCCCCCACCAUCUGUGAUCUAGUAGGUUAUGACUUAAGUAGCCAAGUAGGACCUUAGAUCGUAAUGGCAUUGUAGGUUAUACGUUGCCUGGUAUAACGCUUUAAUAUGUUUAAUAUCAAGGAUAUAGAAGAAGUAGCCUCUUAUGGAGUGCUCUCACUACUCUUUCAACUACUGUCUAAACUCUUAAAGAAUAUAGUAUUUAUAAUAAAACCAAACUACACCCCCGCCUA